AUGAUUGACCAGCAGCUGGUGAUGCGCUUCGAAGACGGCGACGACCACGGCGGCGGCGGCUGCGGCGAGGAGGAGGCCGUCGUCAAGACCACGAGGCCGCCGGUGUCGCGGCGGUCGCUCCGCAAGAUCCUGUCGCGGCUGCACGUGGACGUGUGGACGGCCCAGCACGACGCCAAGCUCCUGGACCUUCUGCUGCUGCGGCGAACGCGCGGCGGCGGCGGCGUGGGCGACCUCACCGCGGACGACUGGUCGGCCAUCCGCGCCGAGCUCAACGCGGCCGCCGGGUCCGCGUUCCCCGUCGAGGACCUGCAGCGGCGGCUGGCCGAGCUCCGGCGCGAGUUCGACGCCGUCAGCCGGAUCAAGGACCACCCCCGGUUCACCUACGACGCGCGCCGCCGGGUCGUCGUCGCCAAGGAGGCCGAGUAG